AUGGCUUCCGUGUCGUCGCUAGAUCAGGACAUGCGCAACCUGCGCCUGUCAAAAUACACUCCGCAAGCUGCCAACGAGAUCCGCUCAUGGAUCGAACAGACGCUCGGCGAGACCCUACCACCGGGCGACCUUCUUCAGGAUGUACUCAAGGACGGUGUAAUCCUGUGCAAGCUUGCCAACCUAGCUCUACCGCCUCCAGGACUCAGGUUCAAGAAAUCCGCCAUGCCCUUUGUCCAGAUGGAAAACAUCUCACACUUCCUCCGCGCAUGCGAAUCUCCUCCGCUAAACAUGGCCGCCCAUGACCGCUUCUUGACUGUCGAUCUGUUUGAGUCCAAGGAUCCUGCUCAAGUUCUACAGUGUAUCAGCGCCUUUAGUCGUGUCGCUCAUGCUGUUAGCCCGGCCAACUUCCCCAGCACAAUCGGUCCUCAGAGGAGUGCCACCCUCAGUCCUGCUGCUACUGGCCCUACAAUGAGAAAUGCUCGACCAAUCGCACCGAGCCCUCUUUCUGCGAAGCCUUCCUUUGCCGUUCCCUCCGCCAGGCCCAUGAGUCCUGCUCUCAGUGGAGGCUCCUCGGGCUCUCGCGCAUCCGACAACGGCCUGAAAUCAUCUCGAGGCACAGUUAGUAGUUGGACCAAAGCAGGUGACCGAGGCAAUACAGCUCCCGCAUGGAACAUCGCGCAAUACGGUUACAUGGGUGGUGCCAGUCAAGGCAAUCAGGGUGUCAUGUUUGGCGGUAGAAGACAAAUCACAACUGCUGCACCCCACGUCCCCGGUCAGGGCGAAUCUGGCUUCGAAAAGAGACGUCGUGAGAAGGAGGCAGAGGAAGAGCGUCUAAGACAAGACGCCGAGGAAGCCGAAUACAAGAGAAAGACUGAAAGAGAAGCGGAGGAGGAGCGCGAUCGCGUUGCCGAAGAACAAAAGUGGGAGGAAGAGGCUCGUCGCACGAGGGAGCAAGAGAGACAGCGUAUCUUGGAGCAAAAAAGACAAUGGGAGGAGCAAGAGCGCAGAUGGAAAAUUGAGGAAGAAGCCCGUCAAAGAGAGCAAGACGCAGAUACGGCUGGUGUCAACCUGAAAGGGCAGUAUUUGAGCCAGCAUCAGGCUGAUCAGGGCGCUCGCAGACCUAGCGCACACGAAGAUACACCUGAGAGGCAGAGAGUCCGUGAACUCGAAAAACAGCUUGAAGAAGCAAGGGAACGCGAGCGUCAAUAUCAACAAGAGCGCGAGGACCGCGUACGUCAAAACAGCAUUCAUUCUCGACCAUCUACUGCAAGAUCGGAGCAGGAAGUAGACCCGAUACCAAGGGCAGCCUCGCCGAAGGAUAGCGAGGUAUCUUGGGCACCGAUAGAAGAUGAGGUACUGAACAGGAAGGUGCCGGCGCCCGAGAUGGCCCGUGGCUCAACGCGACCUCUUCCAACACCUACAACAAGGCAAACGCCAUUAUUACCCGAGCGCACAGCAUCUCCAGCGGGACCGCGUCCUCUCCCGGACCCUUCUGCAUACCGACCUGCUUCGCCAGCGCCAACGCGUACCGACCGCUAUCUAGCUGACCACCCGGCCCCAGUAUCACCAAAGCCUGUUGCUCACCAGCCACGAGAGAUGGGUUACACUUCAACGUACGAAGAGCAGGGCGAUAGAGACCGACGUCUGGCAUCACAACAGACGACCAAGGCUGGCGGCUGGGCGUCCAAAUCACUGUUAGAGCGUGAAAUGGAACGCGAAAGGGAGAGACAGCGGGAAUGGGAAGCAAAUCAACAAGCGUCCAAAGAAGUAGCGAAAGACAUGAGCCAAGGCAGCGGUGCCGGCCAGUCAUGGGAUGUGCAUCAGUAUGGUUACAUGGGAGGAGAUAGCCAGAACCGAGGCAGCAGUUCGGGCAGUGGGAUUGGAUUCGGCGGCAGACGCCAGAUCAUCGGACCCCGCCCUCCGCCAGGUUCUUAG